AUGCCACCACGUGCAAAGGCCGCGCCCGCACGUGCGGGAGGAGACGAAAGCGAGGACGAUCUUGCAGCGACCACAACCCACGCGACCACUGCUACCGAAAACAAGCGCGCUGCUGCCACCAAAACAACGAAAGAAAAGGCCACAGCGCGACGAGUGAGUGUCGGCAAACCCGCUGCAAAGCGCAAGGCUGCACCCAAACGUACGCGCAAGGCAUUGGAGGAUCGCACCAACAUCCCAGACGGCAACGAGACGGAAGAAGUCGAGGCAUUCGACGACGAAGAAAUGGCAGACCCCGCGAAGCCCAAAGCAAAACGCGCAAAGACGACGACUACGCGCAAGAAUGUCGCGAAGGAGAAUGUCGAGGAGUCCACAAAGAAGAAGCGAGGGCGACCAGCAAAACGUGCGCCUUCGCCCGAACCGCUGAUGACCAUUCCCGAAACACAGCCAGAUCCUGAUCAGAUGGAGGAUGUGGAGCAAUCGAUCGAGAUGGAACCGAACAUGGACAUUCCGAAAGAGCCGACACCACCUCCUCUGCAAAAGUUCGUGCAACGCGCACCAUCUGCCUCAAUACAGCCACUGCUGCCACGCCCAAGCGCAAGAGCUGGCUCAGCGCAACCAGGCUACGCGCGACCGCGAGAGCGAAGUGGGAGCGCAAGCGGCACUGAGAGACGAGGCGGAGAUCCCGAGCUGAGGAGGCAGCUGAAUGAGAUGACCAAGAAACACGAGAACCUGCAGCUGAAGUACGAAGGACUGGAGGAGCUUGGCAAGAAGCAGCUUGAGAGCAACUUUGAGAGGCUGAAACGCGCCAGCGACCAGAAAGCUAGAGAUGCACACGAGCUCAUCACAUCGCUUAAGAAAGAGCUGGCAGAGCUGCGAAAGUCGACGUCGUCCACAACCUCCGAGACAACGACCCUUCAAAAGCAGGUUGAUUCGCUGACAACAUCGAAUGAGAAGCUCGCCACAGAGCGCGACGACCUGACAGGCAAGCUGCAAGUAUCCCAGAACGAGGUCAAGAGCCUUGAGGCCAAGCUCUCGAAUGCACGACAGCAGAUCUCGAGUGGUGUCGAAGAGGCCAAGGCAGCUGCGGCCAAGAAGCCGAACGGCGUGAUCGCAAUCAGCACGACCGAUGCACAGAAAGAGGCCAAGAUGAAGGAAGACCUAUACUCCGACCUGACAGGACUGAUAAUCAUGGGCGUCAAGCGCAACGAGGGCGAAGACGUCUACAAGUGUGUGCAGACCGGACGCAACGGCACUCUCCAAUUCCACUUAUCAGUCGGCAACGACGCCACCACACCAAACCCGAAGACUCCCUCUGGACUCCGAUACGAAGAUGCCGAGUUUGCAUACGAGCCAUUGUUCGACGAGAAGAAUGACAAGGCGCUGUUGGACAUCUUGCCGGAUUAUCUCACUGAAGAGAUUUGCUUCCCCCGGAAUCACGCGCAGCGUUUCUACAGCAAGGUUGUUGAUAGCAUGACGAAGAGGAUUGUGGUCGAGGAUGAUUGA